AAACCUAUAUAUGUAUACUCGCAUAUACAGGGAGUGCGAAUACAUUUGAAGAAAUAUUAUCUAAUUUCUCUCCGGAUUCAACACCGCAGUGUUCAACACCGAUUCACACAACGUGAUCGGCAUUGGAACUUGCACGGAAUCUUCGUGACAGCUAUCGCACACAGUGGGAGAAUACAAGCAUAUUUCCUGACGAUGGCGGCGUUAUUCCGCAUGAACUGCGUGCAAGGUCUACGCCGGGGGUUAGCUCUGAUGUCACCCAAGGAGACGAUAUGUCGCAGGAUAGCAACGACACCGAGCUUGUACGAUGGCGCCAAGGAGGAGACAAAGCCCGUCAAGAGGAAGUGGGUGAGUUACGGCUUCAGCUCCAAGGAUGAGGCAGAAGAUCGUCAUGCUUUGCAUCAGACGAUGUUCGUCACUGUGACCAUAGUCAUGGUGCUCGGGAUCACAGUCAUGGCAUACCUACCUGAUGUCAGAGGCAAGGACUGGGCGCAGCGAGAAGCAUAUCUACAACUCCGUUACAGAGAGGAACACGGACUUCCUCUUAUCGAUGCCAAUUUGAUCGAUCCGUCGAAGAUAAUAUUGCCGACCGACGAGGAGCUAGGUGAUACGGAGAUUAUUAUUUAAACAAGUACGUCCUGAUGAUGCUGAGAUCAUUGAACUUCGAAUGUUGUUACUGCCUACUGUCUAUGUCUACUUAGUACUUGUUAUAUUAAUUGAGGAUAAUUUGUAAUAAACUGUUUUUGUGUGUAUUAAAAUCUCUUCUCAAUUUAGAGAUCACACUCAGUUUAAAAUCUUUAGGUCUUAGUCCUCAAUUAAAAUAAAAUGCUCCGGAUAUAAAAAGUGUAUAUAUUAUCAUUAAUUAGCAUAUGUAUCAAUUGUUAAUUAUUUGUAAUUGAAAUUACAGAUAAUAUAUAGAAAAUUAAUAUGAUUUUUUGUGAUGCAAUAUAGUAUAAUUAGGAUUU